AUGGACCCAGCAUCGCGGAAACGCGUGAGAGAGUCGACACCUCGAAAAGCUACGCCCAGUCGCACACUUCACAGAGAAUCGCGGUCGAGCCCACCACGGCGCAAGAAGCAAUCUGGACGACCCAGCGCACAGGAAAAAGACAUACUCUGGUCUCUUGGUACGCCUGGCAUUCUUGAAGAGAGGCGGAGAGCAAACCGGGUUGAAUAUCUUUUGAACUGGGAAGGUAUUGACUCGAAGACUGGAGAAAGAUACUUACCCACCUGGGGAAAGAAAGAGGACGUCACUGAAGCGGCAAUCCAGGAGUGGGAGCAGAGCAAAGCGGAAGCAGCCCAGGCGCACAAGACCGAAUCGCAUCCCCCAGAAUCUCAAGACGGUCAAGAGAGCCAACCCAUCCGGACAGCCAAACGUAAGAGAGGAACAUCCCAAAGAGAGAGUAGUCUGCAAAACGAAUCCGGAAUAAAGAAGCAACGGCGAGCUGUAACGAGCGACACCCCGAGAUUUCAACCUGCAUCUGAGAGACGUGUUAGCAGCGAGAUCCCAGAUACCUACGAAGAAGCACAAUUCAGUUCGCGUGAUGGGAGUGGACCAGACGUUCGUGUGGAAAUAGUAGUACCAGAAGGAUUUGAUCGGGACGCAUACGCACUCGCUGCUUCUUCCUCUCAGUCCUCGCAAAACUUGAAAACUGCACAAAAGUCCUCGCAAUCAGGCGUCUCUCAAGCGGGAAGUCCCUCGCAACCCAGACAUCGAAGACCAGACUUUAUCUGGGACGAGGACCGAGAUAGUGUUGUGUCCGAUUCUUGGGAACGGGAAGAGUCAAUCCUCUCUAAAUCCUUGGAUACAGCAACGAAACAGACAGGUUCCUCUGGUCCUAAUAGUGCGUCUAUCUCGGAAGGGCUAUCAAGUCACACUGGCUUGGGGGCUACGCAAUCUUCUAUUGCUGGAGAACGCUCCGGAAGUGGAAGUGACUAUCUUGCUGAACCUCAAACUUUCUUGGCUAGUUCAAGCUAUAGAGGUACACAAGCAACGCCUGCCCAGACUGAGGCUACUAUUGAAAAAUCUCAUACAGUCCAACAAACCAGCUUGUGGAGUAACUCGAGCGGAAUAGGAUCGCAAAGCCUAGAACUGCCUAGCAGACAGAUAGAUGAGGCAAUACCUGCCACGGAUUCUUUAACGGACGAUCGAUUCUAUUCCCCAAACUUUCAAUCGUCAAACCCUAUCGAUUCUCAAUCCCAACUAUCACAGCCAUUUGUAACUCAAGUGGUUCCAAGUUCCAGUACAUUUGAAACGAAUUCGUCAAAAUUAAACAGCAGGCGAGAUCGUUUUCAAAAGUCUGGCGGUCCUGCAAAAUCCCAGUCGCAAAAUUCUAAGACGACUCAAAGCGACCUGAUUCACAGAGAGUCGGAAUCAGCAACACUUGCACAAGAGUUUACACCGUUGCAGUCUUUACCCGCUACAGAGCCAGUAGUGUCUAGCUUCGAGGCAGCUUGGCGAGCCGCGAAGGUUAAUUCGUUGACACCUCAGGCUGCAGAACCUUUUGAGGCACCGCUUGUGGCAUCGCAACUUAACGCUCCAUCGUCUCGCGAAAUCCCUAGUCAAAGUUUAUCAUAUCGCCGCGAAGCACACUCUGCUGAACACAAUUCUACUCACGUCCAAUCGAGUCUAGACAAUCAGGCUCCACAAUCAAAAUCUCAAUCAAAAACUUCCCAGGAGCAACGCAGUCAAUCCAGCCACUUUCCCACUCCACCUGUCGAAGACCUUCUUCCUAGCAUUGAACAGACAUUAUACCAAAGUUCUUCUGCUCCAGCACGACAAGUUACUCCUCCAUCAUCAGAAAUUUUCGGCAACAGCUCACCAAUUGGACCUAUGUCCGCAAAACCAAGCAUGGAGCCGAGUGUAAAGCGCGAGGAAUUUGACGCCACAAGGGCGAUCAAGGAGAGGAUGGCAGCUAAGAGAUUAGAAGUUCAGCAAAGACAAGCGGAAAGAGCCAUGUCUUCAGGAUCCCCAUUGCCAGCUGCCUUCCAUCCCGAAGCGGUGGAGCUUAGCGCCAGCCUCCCCAUUCAGACAAAUGCAAAGGAGGAAGAUGUGGGUGCCGACCCGCCUCUCAACUCUUUCCCACUUGCUGAACAAGCAUCAACAAGUCUGGAUGUACUUCCUUCAGCAGUUGGCGAGUUUCUAGUUCCAUUGCCGAUGGUUUCUUACGUUCGCGACAUGUACAAUGAAGAACUUCGGGAACACAGGGAUUUAACGUCCUUAUUCGUGAGAGAUGAUUUGGAGGUACUUGAAGAGGAACAGGUCAAAGAGAUCGAUUCUAUGUUAGAGAAUCUCCGCAGCAUUUGCGAUCACCAAGAUAUCUACAAUGACGAUUUCUCCACGCAGCAGUCCGAGCAAAUCUCUCGCAUUGAGCACGCCAAGUUCGCCGAGAACUGCAGCACAAAAUGCAUGUUCUUGGCUGCCCUCUUGGUUCGUCUGAAGGACCGAGAUCUGCACAUCGUUGUGCUUGCCCGCGCUGGACGUAUGUCAGAAAUUCUCCAGACUGUUUUUGAACUUCACAAUCUCAACUACUGCAUUGCAGGUGAUGCGCCUUCUAGUGUGCAUUCCAGCUCGCUGAGAAUCACAUUGCAUCCUACUAGCGUGAAACAGAUCUUGGUUGAGCCAGCGUCCGCUGUCAUUGCAUUUGACUCUACCUCCAGAGACUGUUCGUUCCUAGGAGAAUUGCGAUCGAACAUGCAGCACUAUCUCUCAGGUCUGGCGCCAUUACUUUCACUCGUCGUCACACAUUCAAUUGAACAUCUAGAGCGAUGUUUCAAUGAUGACAUCGACCCCAUCCAAAAGAAAAUCAGACUGGUAAAGUGUCUUCGACAAUUGGGUGACAGUGUAGGCCAACUCAAAGCUGAACACGAAGAUCCUGCUGUUGCUGCAGAUGCUGUGGCUGGAUAUCUCGAACUUGGAGCUAUAGCAACUUCGUGGCCAUUGCCUCCGAUGCCGGAGAUCGAGGAGAUCGAUUUGAGUCCUGAAAGUCCUCAUCAAAUAGAAUUCGAAGUCAGUUUAAAUGUUGGUUCGACAACUGAUUCACUGAGGAUGUCUCCUUCAGACGUUCUACACCCAAGCAUAAAGCGCCAAUUGGAAAACGAAGAUGCCAUGGAUACCGAUUCACCGAAGCGACAAAGAGUCACACCUGUGCCUGUUGAGCUAAACGCAGACAUGGAUAUCUCCCAUGUCAGCGAAAGUGUUGUUCAACCUUCGUCUGGCUUACCACAAUCCAAUUCUGUCCCACUCUCUUCAAACACCAGAGCAGAGGGCGACGCGGACCAGAUGUCGUUGCUCCUUCAAAAGGUCAAGACUCUCGAGAUUCAACUGCGCACCAGAGAAGCCAGCGAGGCACAACUUCGCCGGAUUAAUAUCGAUCUUGAGAGUCGUUGCAGCGAUUAUGAGACUAGUAUUAAGCACAUUCAGCCAAAGUACCAGGAAGCUCUUAACGAUCGAGGUCACUUCGAGCACGGUGCUAAGGAAGCUCUCGUCCGUGAAACCGAAACUCGAAAGCGUCUCGCAACCAAAGAAGCCGAGGUAGAGAAAUUAAAGGAGAAGAACGCUGCCAUGGCUUUAGAACUCUCAACGGCACAAAAGGCAUUAGCCAGCUCAGAAAUUCCGGAGGUCGCAGAAAUGGCCAAGAUGAGAGAAGAAGUCGCAAAGGUCAAUACCGAGAACGAACGUCUUCAAAGGCGCCUAGUGAACAUGCAGAAUGAUCUGGAAUACAUGCGAAGCAAUUACCAAAACUCGUCUUCAUCCGCCGCCGAGGCCGCAUCCGAGCUCCGCGAUAUCAAGGAAAUCAAUGUAGGAUUGCAAGCCAAGGCAGAUGAGAACAGAGUCCGUAUCCAUGAGAUUCAACGCGAUGAAGUUGCCUCUAUGCAUCUGGCAACCAUCAAGACCCUCAAGUCGGACGUUGAGAGACUAGAGAAGGAGAAUGAGAAGAUGAGUGACGAAAUCGCGAACAUGCCCAAGACCUCUAGACGUCAAAACAAGGGCGGUGGCUCUAAUCGUGGAAGUCCCAUGCCCAUGUCGAGUCCCAAGCGAACUAUUGCGAAACCAUUCGGUGGAAGUAGAUCGGGUAGCCCUGCGGUGGGAGAGCCGCCGUUUGGUGGUCCACUUCUGACUCCUGACGGUAUGGCUAGAGGUACCAGAUGGGGUCAUCUGCAGUGA